UUUGAAAUCGAGAAGCUAAGCCAUUCCUUAGGUAUCUUUUUUCAGCCGCACUCCACCGCCUCUCCGAUUCACAGAUCUGUUCUGAAAUUUCCUUUCUCCCAGCCGCCAAGUAUAAUCACUCGUGAGAGGCAAAAGGAAGUUGGAACUGCUAUUUUGUGAUUCCUGGGUAAUCUCAAGUUUGAUUUCAAAGAUGGGUAAAAAAAGGAAUAAAUCUGAGCUGGAAGGACUUGGGAAAGUCACAGAAUACGAAAAGCAAAGGAUGAAGAUAUUGGCAUCAAAUGAAGAAAAAAUGCGUGCAGCUGGUUUUAGCACUCUAGCUAACAAGACGAUCUUCCAGUCAAACAAUGUGAUAAGUACAAAUAGACCAGCUUAUUCACAUGAUGUAUCUGAUGAUGAAGCGUACAGCCCGAGUGAUGAUGAGAAUGCCGAACUUGACCAUCUAAAGGUUCCAAAGAAAGGAAAAGGUUUGAGUAACAAGACAAGGAAGCAGUCACGCGCUGAGCUAAUGACUAUGGGAGAUGUUGUAAAACAGAGUUCAAAACAUCAAAAUCAACAAACUCCAGCGACAUUGCAGGCUAAAAAAAAUAAAUUGAA